AUGAGCACCGCAGGGAGAUGCUGCAGCAAAGGCUCCCAACGUCUACCUCCACCUCUAUUGGAUGACCCUCUAGUUGAUAAGGCUACAAUUUUGACCAGGAUGCAAGAUCAAGUCUUUGGGACGCUAGAAGAGAUGGGGAGAGGAUUAUUUGAGAGGAUCACUGCUAUUAAAAGGAGAGUUGCAUCCCAUGGAGAGAAAAUUAGAGCCUUAGAGCAGCGAUCAGAAACUAGCACCAUAGAGAACAUCUACUUUGAGGUUGAGGGAUUAUUGGGCCAAACCUAUGGCAUAGGAGUUGUCAUUAGGAAUGAACUGGGAAUGUUUAUGGCUGGCCUCUCAAAGAAAAUGGAUGUAACUUGGGCAGAUCAAGGAAGAACUCAAGCAGCUGGUUUGUAUGGAAUGAGUGAAGCCAUUCUCUUUUCACAGCAACAGGUGUUUGAUGAGAUAAUCAUUGAAGGAGACUUACCCAAUGUUUUGAAGAUAUUCAAAGAAUCAAGAGAUGUGACUUCUUCUACUGGUUUUACGGAAAUUCCGUAA